GUGAACUUCGUCAUGUCGAAGCUCCCAGGAGCAGGGCGGCCUGCUCUGACAGACCUGCGGCUGCAGCAGAAGGCGCUCCGCGUGGCCGGCGUGUGGGCGCCGACUGGCGGGAAGGCGUCGCUGGUGUACGGCUACGGCGCCUACUCUGGCCUCGUGGUGCUCUCGGUGGUGGUGUUUCUGGCCAGCCAGCUGUCCGCCAUGCUGCACUUCUGGGGAGACAUCCUCAGCGUCACCACCAACGCCUGCGUCACCUUCACCUACACCAUGUCCACCUUCAAGUUUAUUGUCUUGCUCAAGAUGCGCCCAUUAACCAACAAACUCAUCGAGGAGCUUGACCGCUGCAUGGAGAUGCAGCUGUUCGUUGGGGUGUCCAUAUACGUGGUCUGGGAAGUGGUCCCCCUCCUGCGUGUUCAGAGCUGCUCCAGCACAGAGUGUCGCAUCCAGAGCGGCUUCCCUGCGCUCGUCUGGUACCCGUUCUCCUUCACAGAGACGCCACUCUACCAGGUGGUAUUCGCUGUGGUGUCGACAGGCCUGUUCUACGGCUGUUUCAUCUCCGUCUCGCUGGACGGCGCCUUCUGCUCACUCAUGAUCUAUGUGGCUGGCCACCUACGAUUCCUCAACUUCAUGGCAAGGAACAUGUGCAGCGGCGAGCAGAAUGGAAGCAGGAACAGGACUCCACCUGGUCGCCAUGUGACUCCCGCCACAGAUCCCGAAGAGCAAAUGAGGAGUCGCCUUCGAGAGUGCGUUCGCUAUCACAAUGAUAUUGAGAGGUUAAUCCAGCGACUGAGUACGCUGGUGGGUCCCAUCAUGCUGGGCCAGUUUCUAGCUGACAUGAUCACUGUCAGCGUCAGCGCAUUCGUCACCACGACUCUGAAGGCGGAUUCAGGAUGGCUUUUCAAGUACGGCUCCUACCUCUCUGGGAUUGCGGAGCAGAUGUUCCUGUACUGCUGGUUCGGAGAUGAGAUCCUAGCUGAGAGCGAGCGCCUGCAGGUGUCUGUGUACAGCUGCGACUGGACCGGGGGAUCCCCGCGCUUCCUCAGGGAGCUGCGCAUUUUCCAGUGCCGCACGGGGCGUCCCCUGCUGCUCACCGCCAGCAAGUUCUACACCAUCACCAGGGAGACAUUCCUACUGCUGAUAAAUGCGUCCUACUCCUACUUCGCACUGCUGAAUCAGCUGAAUUCAAAUUAG